CUUCCUGCAACUGGAGGGACGGGCUGGUGGGACUAUGGCCCAGGGUGCAGUGAUCCAUGUGACCCCGGAGCAGUCCGCCUAUGCCGUGUGUGUGCUGGGCACCGAGACUCAGCUGGAUGUCUACGGCUCUGCCCCCACAGGCUACACAUCCUUCAGCAUCAGUGCUUCCCCAGGAGUGGUUGUGGAUGUUGCCCAUAGCCCUACAGCCAAGAAAAAUCCCACAGGUUCCUCCAAGUGGUCCCUGGACCCUAGCCUGGAGGUGAGCCUGAGGAUGAAAGCUGUGAGUGGUAGCACAGGUGACCAGAAGGUUCAGAUUUCAUAUUAUGGACCCAAGACCAACCCCGUCCAAGCCCUGCUCUAUGUCACCAGUGUUGAAAUCUCCUUGAGCACGGACAUCGCCCGCACUGGCAAAGUGAAGCCCGCUGGAGCCAAGAAGGGCCAGAGGACCUGGACCUGGGGCCCCCACGGGCAAGGCGCCGUCCUGCUGGUGAACUGUGACAAAGAUAAUCCCAAAUCUUCCACCAUAGACUGCAGGGAUGAUGAGGUGCUCGACAGCAAAGACCUGCAGGACAUGUCCCUGCUGACCCUGUACACCAACACCCCCAGGGACUUCACCAAGCACCAGCUGCUCCUCCAUGUGGCCAAAUCGGAGAUGGACAAAGUCAGGGUGUUUCAAGCCAGCCGGGGCAAACAGUUCUCCAGGUACAGGCCGGUCCUGGGGCCACAGCAGCCCAGUCACCGCCUGGAGCUCCCGGGCGGCCAGCACAGCGUGGACUUCUACGUGGAGGGCCUCGCUUUCCCAGACGUCAACUUCCCGGGGCUCAUUUCCCUCACCGUCUCCCUGCUGGACAUGUCCAGCCCGGAGCUCCCCGCCACCCUGCUUUUCCAAGACAGCGUGGUCUUCCGUGUGGCCCCCUGGAUCAUGACCCCCAACACUCAGCCCCCGGAGGAGGUGUACGUGUGCAGGGUGCUUGAAAACAAGGACUUCCUGAAGUCAGUGACAGCUCUGGCCAGGGAAGCCAAGUGCAAGCUGACCAUCCCCUCCAAGGAACAGAGCAAGGAUGACCGGUGGAUGCAGGACGAGAUAGAGAUCGGCUACAUCCAAGCCCCGCACAAGACCCUGCCUGUGGUCUUUGACUCUCCGAGGAACAGGGGCCUGAAGGAUUUCCCCAUCAAAUGCAUGCUGGGUCCAGAUUUUGGCUAUGUGACUCGAGGACCUGAAACAGGAGAGGUGACUACCUUCGACUCCUUUGGAAACCUGGAAGUGAGCCCCCCAGUCACGGUCAGGAGGAAGAAAUACCCUCUGGGCAGGAUCCUCAUUGGGAGCAGCAGGUACCCCAGUGCUGAGAGCCAGGAGAUGCACCAGGCCGUGCAGGACUUCCUCAGUGCCCAACAGGUGCAGGCCCCAGUGAAGCUCUACUCUGACUGGCUGUCGGUGGGUCACGUGGAUGAGUUCCUGAGCUUCGUCCCAGCACACAAGAAGGGCUUCAAGCUGCUCCUGGCCAGCCCCAGGUCCUGCUACAGAUUGUUCGAAGAGCAGCUACACGAGGGCCAUGGGGAGGCUGUGCUAUUUGAAGGCAUUAAGAAAAAAAAACAGAAAAUAGAGGAUAUUCUGUCAGACAAGAAACUGAGAGAACAUAAUUCAUAUGUGGAGAAAUGCAUCAACUGGAACCGGGAGGUGCUGAAGCGGGAGCUGGGCCUGACCGAGCGGGACAUCAUCGACAUCCCCCAGCUCUUCAAGCUCCGGGAGGAGGAAGUCAGCAGGGUCCUCAAGGCCGAAGCCUAUUUUCCAAACAUGGUGAACAUGCUGGUGCUGGGGAAGCACCUGGGCAUCCCCAAACCCUUCGGACCCAUCAUCAAUGGCCAAUGCUGCCUGGAGGAGAAGGUGCGGUCCCUGCUGGAGCCGCUGGGCCUCCACUGCACCUUCAUCGACGACUUCACCCCGUACCACAUGCUGCAUGGGGAGGUGCACUGUGGCACCAACGUGCGCCGGCAGCCCUUCUCCUUCAAGUGGUGGCACAUGGUGCCCUGAGCCCGUCCCCCGCCCUCCCCACCCCCAUGUCCUUUCCCUUUGGAAGCUCCUGGCCAGAGGCUCUGGUCCCCUGCAGUGUGGCACAGCAAGAGCUCUGGGGAACAGGUCCUCUCCCUGGGCGUGGCCACCUUCCCGGCAGUGUCUUGCUCCCCUCCGCCGUGCCCUGGAGCCCUGGGCACCCCCUCUGAAGAUCCCAAGGUAGUCCUGGCCUUGCAGACUCGUUUCUGCUGUGAGAUGCUGCAAUAAAGUUUGAUAAUCUCUUUGUAAGGGA